AUGUUCAAGAAGAAGGACAAGAAGGAGGAGAAGGAUUUUAAUCGAGGAUUUGAAAAUCUUUUUAAACAAGUUGGAGAAAUUGAUAACAAUGACUAUAUUAUUGAACUUGACAAUAUUCAAAAAACCUAUUUACUUGGUAUAGAAGGUGUUCCUGCUUUGAGAGGAGUCAAUUUAAAGAUCAAAAGAGGAGAAUUUCUAGUCAUUUAUGGUACAUCUGGUGGUGGUAAAACAUCCAUGUUAAAUAUUAUUGGUACCAUUGAUAAACCAACAAAAGGACAUUUAACAAUCUGUGGAGAGCGUGUGACAUCCAAUACCAAAGAUGAAACCCUUGCAAAUAUUCGAUUAGCUCGGAUGGGCUUUGUAUUUCAAACUUUCAACUUACUUUCCACCAUGACAGCUCUGGAGAAUGUCGAAAUGCCAAUGAUUUUACAAGGAAAUAUGAGCAAAGCUGCACGAAGAGAACGAGCAAAGAAAUUGUUAGAAAAAGUCGGAAUGGGUCACCGUUUCGAUCACACACCUAACCAGCUUUCAGGAGGAGAACAGCAACGUGUCACAAUUGCGAGAGCCAUUUCGAACCAUCCCGAAAUUUUACUCUUGGAUGAACCAACUGGUGACUUGGACACUAAGAAUACCCUUAAUGUCAUGGAUCUUCUCAUCAAACUCAACCAAGAAGACGGAAUUACCAUGGUCAUGGUCACUCACGAUCCUAACCUUAAAAAUGCUGCCGAUCGAGUGGUCUACAUGAGAGAUGGUAAAAUUCACCGUAUUGAAGAAUUGGAUCCUGAAACCAAAAUUGCAUUCCGAAAAAGUGUUGCCGAACAAAACAGUGGAGCCCUCGCAAAACACGAAGGAGGAGGAGGAAAAUCCUCUCGAUUCACUCGGUUCACAAAGACAAGACGACCACAAGAUUACGAAACCUACGACAGGGAUGCCGUUUAUGUCGCUCACAAUGUAUUAGACGAAUAUGGGAAACGAAAACUAGGAGCUUCCUUACUUUCAGAAGAAUCACCCAUGUAUCAAGCCAUUCAUGAUACAAGACCUAUUGAGGUGACAUUAAUUCCUAGUCAAAAUCAGGAAGAACCAACGAUCACUACGACACAUCCUGUUUUUUCUUCCAACUCGCAAUAG